AUGGUUAGUAUUAAUCGAUGGAGUCUUGAUGAUAUCUGGCAUUACAGCCGCGUAAAUAUUGACCCAUGGACAGAAACAUACUCAAUUCCGUUCUAUAUGUAUUAUACAAUUCUUUGGCCCGAACUUGCUUGGACAACUCGCAAUAAUGAUGGUAAUAUUGUAGGCUACAUCAUUGGUCAGGCUGAUACCUCAACAAAAGGUGAAGAAAAAGGCCAUGUUACCGCUGUUACAAUCGCUGAGGAUAACAGACGUACUGGUUUAGCUACUCUUUUAAUGGGAUUGCUCGAAAAAGCUUCCGAUGAAUACUUUAAAGCACAAUUUGUUGAUUUGUUCGUCAGACCAACGAAUCACUCUGCUCAAACCAUGUAUAACAAGAUGGGAUACACACUUUAUCGGACAAUUAUUAAUUACUAUGCUACUCUAAAUGAAGAUGGCUAUGAUAUGAGAAAAUCAAUGCCGCGAGAUGAUAAAAAGAAAUUUAUGAUUCCUCUACCGAGACCUGUCACAGCAGAUGAGCUUGAUUGGAAGAUAAAGCACUAA